AUGAUCGUCCCGAUUCGCUGCUUCACCUGCGGCAAGGUGAUAGGGCACCUCUGGGAGCGGUGGCUGGAUAUGCUGAAGAUGAACGUUAGCGAGGGAGAUGCCUUGGACCGCUUGGAUUUGACGCGCUACUGCUGCCGCCGCAUGAUUCUCACGCACGUGGACCUCAUUGAGAAGCUCCUGGUCUACAACAAUCGGUGUGCUGUUUUUGGGUGUGAUGGCGACCAUCGCCUCUGCCGCGUUGGAAGCGUGGUGGAGCCUGACUUCCGGAAAGUCGUCCAGGUCCAAGUCCUUGAUCAGGACGUCGACCUCGUUUUGGCCGUUGGUGAAAACGACGGCGUCCAGCUUGAGGCCUCCAGACAGCAUCCACGGCACAUAGUACGAGAUGGUGUCGUUGUUCUCGGCGAUUUCCACCAAGUCGUCCCUGGUUCCCUUGAAGCUGAUGUUGAUUUCGAGCGGCUUCUUCGGGACCUCGGUGACAGAGCGGGUCUCGAGAACCCUGCAGAGAUUGGUACCGCCGUCCGGGAUGAGGAGCCUUCCGUCGUACCUGACGUCUCCGAUCCUGUAGUUGACGGCGAACUCGGGUCUGAUACGGUAGUAACUGUUGUUGCCAUCCUGGACCCUAACGACCUGUUCGGCAGCCUUCGCUUCGGGGGCCAAGUCGACCGCGACAGGCUUGCUUCUCAUGCGCACGAAGGUGAUCUCACCAUCCGCCACCCUGCUGCGGAAGGCCUCCACGACGCUGUCGCCCUCCUCGGUGAACGACCUUACCACGAUGUAGGACAUGAAGUACUCUUCUGCGACGUAGACCUCCCUCAUCUUGAAGUACCUGUUGUAGGGCACAAGGGUGGUGUCACCGAAGGUGACGGCACCCAUGGUGAUGUUGUAGAGGUCCUUGCACACGUAGAGCUUGACGAACCUACCGAGCCUGUCCUUGCAGAACACAUCUGGCAACAUGUUAGUAAACACGUCCAUUAUGCUGAGCGAACGCGGCUCCUUGUGCCUUUCGACGAACAGCAUGGUUUCAUCCCCGAGGAAACCCUGUUUGAGCACGUACUUGCUGUAGAACCUGACGCUUUCGUUCAUCUGCUGGGUGACGAGCAGCUCGUUGAAGUCGUACAGGAACUCUGUCGAAAGCGCGUUGCUUUGGUUCGGCGCGACGAUGUUGUUCUUGUACUUGAUGGAUCCUAUCUUCAUGUUCGGCAGGGCGGCCGUGACAUGGAACUUGCCCUUCUCCAAACGCGUUACCCUGAAGUUGGGGUCGUUAGCGUUCAGUUGCGUGAGCUCGAAUUGCACGGGCUUGGGCCUGUGGAGCCAUACGCCAUCCUUGUUGGUGACGUAGGUGACAUUGGUGGGGUCAUCCAAAAAGCUCUUUCCAACGAGCGUCUUGUUCAUGUAAGUGACAGCACCGAUGGUGUACAGGAGGUUGUUAGGCGCAGGUAUCGUGUACACCUUGCCGUUUCUGUCCGUAGUGACCUGGAUGCGCUCAUCUAUGUUGGUGGCCGUCAGCUCCAAGUUGAUGACCUCCGGCUUGUAAGGCGUGUAGUUACGCCCGUCCGGCGAGCGGUAGAGCUCGGCUUCGAAGAGCCCGUUCAGGAGCCUGGCGUACACGGUGAGGUAGUGGGUGCUCCCCACGACUUGCAUUUUCAUCUGCACACAACGGGCCUUGUUGCCCAUGUAAAUGACGCCCUUCUGGUCGAGAACGUCCACAACCCUGUAGUCGGGGUCACUACAACCGUCGAAGAAGAUGCAGUUUUCGCCACAGGUCGACAGGAUUUGGCAAUACUCCGUCCUGUAGUCUUUAGACAGGUCGAUGUACAAGGAAUCGUUGUCCAGGGUGCGGUACAUGCAGUCUUUCCAGGCGACGGGCAGGAAAGACGUCUUGAAGCUGUUUCCCACGUUCGGCGUGGUAAAUACAUUCCACUUGUUGUUGUUGAACUCCGCGUACCUGAAGAAGAUCUCGUCAUCAUGCUCGAGCAGCACUUUGUCGCCGCAUCUGAUGGAUCCCAUGCGCCUUCCAGGUUUGGGCAGGAAUCGAGCCAUAGUGUUAUCAGUGCGCAACGCUUCGUGCACGAACCCGUCGAAGUUCUUCGAGCAUAUGUCCAAAUCAUCAAAUUCUUCCGCGUAAUCCUCGUACGCGCCACUGGAGGUUUUUACAAGCCUCUGUCUGUUGGGAAUACCGAGGAAGAUGGUCUCAACUUCCACAACGUACACGAAACCGUCCUUUUCAAUGAAGGGCUCCACGAUAUUCGGUCCAUAUUCCGAUUCUAG